GUGUGCUGGAGGGAUUUCUGAGGGCAGGUUGUCCUGGAGGAAUGUGGGGAAGGUAGCAGAGUCACAGCUGCCGCCUCCAAGGACAUCUGCAUAGCUCCCUGGGAGACCCUCUGCCCUCUCCCCCUCCCACCAGCCUGGCGAGCAGGGACCAAGCUUGCUGAUUAUCACCUGACGCGGUGCAGCCACCGAUCUCAUUGGUGGAGCCAGAUUCGGUCUGGCUCUCUCGUUCUUUCUCGCCUUCUCUGCCUCUCUCUCUCCUCACGCUGCUUGGAUUUAGCUCUUGCCUCCCUUCUUGCACUCCUCGCACUCAGCUGGGCUGGGAACAUCUCGUCGCCAGGGCAGCAGCUGUUUGCUGCGGAGCCAGACAGGAGCUGCCUAAGGGGCAUGGAAGCUGCCUCCUCGGCAGCCGGGAGAGGAGCGAGCACGAGCCGCUGCCUGUGACCCAGGCGUCCGGCCGCCGUCUCCCUGCCUAGGGAGCUCAUCCACAGAGAGGUUCUCCCUUCCCUCCCUGCCGGGUCUUCCUCCGCAGAGCCCGGGAAAGCCAGUUCCCACAGGAGCCAAACCCAAGGGCAGCAUGGAGCUGCUGUCCACUCCCCACAGCAUCGAGAUCAACAACAUCACCUGCGACUCCUUCCGUAUCUCCUGGGCCAUGGAGGACAGUGACCUGGAGAGGGUCACUCACUACUUCAUCGACCUCAACAAGAAAGAGAACAAAAACUCCAACAAGUUUAAGCACCGGGAUGUCCCCACCAAGCUUGUGGCCAAGGCAGUGCCACUGCCCAUGACAGUGAGAGGCCACUGGUUCCUGAGCCCACGCACAGAGUACAGCGUGGCUGUGCAGACGGCUGUGAAGCAGAGCGACGGGGAGUAUCUGGUGUCUGGCUGGAGUGAGACCGUGGAGUUCUGCACUGGGGAUUAUGCCAAGGAGCACCUGGCCCAGCUGCAGGAGAAAGCUGAGCAGAUCGCCGGCCGCAUGCUCCGCUUCUCUGUCUUCUACCGCAACCAUCACAAGGAAUACUUCCAGCAUGCCAGGACCCACUGUGGAAACAUGCUGCAACCCUACCUGAAGGACAACAGCGGCAGCCACGGCUCCCCCACCAGCGGCAUGCUCCAUGGGGUCUUCUUCAGCUGCAACACCGAGUUCAAUACGGGCCAGCCCCCCCAGGAUUCGCCCUAUGGUCGCUGGCGCUUCCAGAUCCCUGCCCAGCGUCUCUUCAACCCCAGCACCAACCUCUACUUUGCAGACUUCUACUGUAUGUACACGGCCUAUCACUAUGCCAUCCUGGUGUUGGCACCUAAGGGCUCUCUGGGGGACCGCUUCUGCCGUGACCGCCUGCCCCUCCUGGACAUUGCCUGCAACAAGUUCCUGACCUGCAGCGUGGAGGACGGGGAGCUGGUCUUCCGCCAUGCCCAGGACCUCAUCCUGGAGAUCAUCUACACUGAACCCGUCGACUUGUCCCUGGGCACCCUGGGGGAGAUCAGUGGGCACCAGCUCAUGAGUCUGUCCACUGCCGACGCCAAGAAAGACCCCAGCUGCAAGACCUGCAACAUCAGCGUGGGCCGCUAGGGACUCCUGGGGAGCUGGGGGUCGGAGAGAUGGCAGGAGGGCGGCUUAGGUUCAGGGAGCUGGCUUUCUCUCCCCUCUCCCCUGCUCCCUAGGUUCCAUCCGUCCACCCCACCCCCACCCCUUGGCAUUGGAAGCAACCGAGGGUGGUCUUCUUGGUAAGCAAGGCCCACCCCAAGCCUGGUGGACUUGCAAAAGCUUCUCAGCCUCAGGAGGUCCAUGAGUGGGUUGGAUUUCUGGAGAAUUCCCCCUUCCUUUCCUCUGCUUUCCUUCUCCUAAUCUUUGCCUUAUCCAAGCCUUCAUCUCCUAGAGUCCUGCCUGCCCCCCCACCAGGCUCUCCUGGGGAAGUUCCUCAGGGCCAAAGCCCAUGUGUAGCUUGGCUGCCUCCAGAGAGAUGCAGAGAGCUGUGGGGCGUCGCCUCCUUAGCCCCACCCACCCCACUCAGGGCCACCGCAGAGAGCCCCCUCCCUGCUGAGCUGGGCCUGGGGCUUCCCACUCCAGGCUAGGACUCUCUCCUCUAUAAAUAGCCUCCCGCACCGCUGUCAUGCCCUGGCUGCCCCUUGCCCAUGAGAAUCCUCUUCCUGCAUGGGAGAGCUGUCCUUCCCUUCCUCCACCUGUCCACUCCAGAUGUCCCCCCUGCUCUCCAGAGAGGGAGCCUUUUCUUCUCCUGGCUUGGUGGCCCUGGGCUGCCUGGCAUUUGUUUCUUCUGUCUGGAGAUGAUAUAUUCCCCAGCACAACUUUCCACAACUCAGAGAGCACACAGGUCUGGAACAGCAGCUGCUGGGGUCGAGGAGGGGGAAGGAGACCCCUGAGACCCUGUCCUCAGCCGGACCUUGCUCAAUGGGACCUAGAGAUGUGGAACUAGGGACCUGCAGGCUACCUGCAGAGCCCUGGCACCCCACCUGGCUGUGCGCUUUGCUCCCUGCUCUGCCACGGUGCCAUGACUGCUCUGUACCUUGUGUCAGCCGACUGGGCUCUCGGCCACUCCAGCCCCCAUGCCUGCCCACUGGCCACCAGCCCUCCUGGCACUCUCCUGGGACACGCUUGGUGAAGCCCUCCCUGGGCUUUCUGUGUUUUCACCUCAUUCCUACUGUCACAUAGGUCAUGAGGCUGGUGAGGGUGACCCCACCCCAGCCCCUUCCCCAGACAAGCAAAGCAGGAGGGUUGCCCAGGGAGGUGCUGGUGGAAGCAGCAGAGGGGAACCCCACUGUGAUUUUCACGGAAGUGACAGGGAUGACAGACAAGCAACUGGAUUUCUGUUAUGAAAGACAGAGGGGCUAGCAGGCCAAUGAGGCUGUCCCUGGGUACGGGGACAGAAACAGUGCUGCACAGUGUGCUGACCCUGAGGAUGGUUGGGAGGCCUGGGGCCUCUAGAGAUUUGUGAAAAGGCCAGGACUUGGGUCCUCAGGCUCUCCCCACCCUGUAUGGGUGGCUUUGCUGUGGGUAGGGGGUUUGCUGUCCUUCUCCAGCCCAGUGUCCUCCCGGAGCAGGGGCACGCCCACCUAUGCUGUGCUUGCGAUGUACAUCAAUAAACCCCGUGGCCUGAG